CUUUCAUCCCUCAGCCCUCUGCCCUAUGAAGAGCUCACCAAGCUGAUCGAUGAAGCCAGCGAGAAUGACGUGAACAUCUCAGUUCUCACACAGGAGAUCCUGGUGUACCUGGCCAUGUACAUGCGAACUCAACCCAGCCUUUUUGCGGAGAUGUUCCGGCUCCGGAUCGGCCUUAUCAUCCAGGUGAUGGCAACAGAGCUGGUGCAGUCACUUCGCUGCUCAGCUGAAGAAGCCACAGAGAGCCUGAUGAACCUCAGUCCUUCAGCUUUGAAGAAUCUCCUGCACCACAUUCUCAGUGGCAAAGAGUUUGGUGUGGAAAAAAGUGUGCGUCCUGCUGAUUCCAAUGUCAGCCCUGCUAUUUCCAUUCAUGAAGUCGGUGCUGCUGGGGUGACCAAAACUGAACGGGCAGGAAUCCUGCAGUUAAAAAGUGACAUAAAGCAG